AUGACCUCCCGCGAUGGCUUUCAAUGGACUCCUCAAAAUGGUCUGAAACAAGGUGUUCCAUCUCUUGGGGUCAUAUCCCCAUCAGCAAAAAUCACCUCGGACACACCAUGGGAUGUCAUUGUCGUCGGAGGUGGAUAUUCUGGUCUCACGGCCACUCGAGACCUGUGCGUGGCAGGAUUGAAAGUCCUCCUUUUUGAAGCCCGCGAUCGCAUUGGUGGCAGGUCUUGGUCGUCUAAUAUCGAAGGCUACCCCUUCGAGAUGGGAGGUACUUGGGUCCAUUGGCACCAGGCGAAUGUCUGGCGUGAGAUUUCUAGGUACCAGAUGGGAGAUGAGUUGGAGCCUUCUUUUGAUUUCUCCCGCGGAGUAAACUACUUCGAACUGCGUACCGAUCAAUAUGCUACAACCAUGAGUCACGAGGAAGAGGAUACACUACUCGCCACGGCGUUGGAGAAGUUUGUGAACGUCGACGGCGACAUGGGCCGCAUCGUUAUCCCCUUUCCUUAUUCCGCAUUCCAUAACCCUGAUGCACGCAAAUACGACGAAAUGUCUGUUCUAGAUCGCCUGAACAUCAUUUCUCAAUCCCUCACACCGAACGAACGAACCGCACUUGAAAGCUUUAUUCUGCUCUGCAGCUGUGGCACCCUUGAGACAACCAGCUUCUUCGAGUUUUUACACUGGUGGGCUUUGUGUGGCUACAGCUACCGCGGUUGCAUGGACUGCCUCAUCUCAUUCAAGUUCAAGGGAGGCCAAUCCUCAUUUGCCAUCAAGUUCUUCAAUGAGGCGCUGUCGUCGGGAAAUCUAUCUUAUGCAUUUAACAGCCCUGUUAAGUCGAUUCGGGAUGAGGACAAGGAAGUCACUGUGACGACUCGAGAUGGCCGCAGCUUCACGGCAUCGCGCUUGGUUUCCACAAUUCCGCUCAACGUGCUUAGUGAUAUUACUUUCAACCCUCCUCUUGACCCUAUCCGUACGACAGCAACCCAGACCGGCCAUGUCAACCAGUGUGUCAAGGUACAUGCUGAGAUAUCGAACAAGGAUAUGCGCUCUUGGACUGGAAUUUCCUAUCCAUUCAACAAACUCACAUACGCGAUCGGAGAUGGGACCACGCCAGCUGGAAAUACACACAUUGUAUGCUUCGGAGGAAACCACAACCACAUCCAGCCCGAGGAGGAUAUAAAUGCAACCAAAGCGGCCGUGGAAAGCAUGGCUCCUGGCAACAUGGACAUCCAGCGUCUGGUAUUCCAUAAUUGGUCUAAGGAUGAAUUCGCCAAGGGAGCAUGGUUCUUCUCCUCUCCAGGAUUCAUCUCCAGCUCGCUUGAUGCACUUCGCAAACGACAUGGAAACAUACUUUUUGCCAACUCGGACUGGGCGAUUGGGUGGCGCAGCUUUAUUGAUGGGGCUAUUGAAGAGGGUACCCGGGCAGCUCUUACGGUGAAGGAAGAUCUUCGAUCUAUUAGUACUCCACUCCGGUCUCACCUAUAG